AUGGAUCGGUUGAAGUACUGGAGUUGGUGGGUAUAUUUCACCUCAAGACGGAAACCUUCGGUGCUAAAAACUGGUAGGAGAUUUCCGUAGAUGCUAUAUCUUUCUUUGUUGAGAUUUUUUCGAAAAGAGAAGGGCAAAUACACAGUAAUUUUGAUAAAUAGAUGCUAUUUAAUCUGGCCCCGCAUUCAGCAUAAAGUUGUUCUUCUAGUUUUGCAAAUUGUAUUUGCCGCAGGUUUUUGAUUACUGAGUUUCUUGCUACUGAAGCUUUGGGCGAGAAUACCCUUUCAGAUAGGAGAUAGUCCGUCGGCCGGCAGUUUUCCUCUAUUUGUGCGUCAACUUUCACAAAUGUGUUAGCGUCGCAUUUUAAGGUUGAAUUUGACCAGCUAAUUGUGCAGCGAGUUCUACGGUCACGAUUGACUUCAAAACUUGCAAAACAUAAAACUAGAGAGCUCUGAGGCUUAUUUGCUGAAGUUAGAGAAAAAUCUAUCUUAGGGUUUCGAAGUUAUUGACAUUUUUUGUAAUAAUGCGGUUUUAAAUAUGUGCCGAUAUUUCAAACUUUUUUAUACCUGCAAAAAGGUAAAUAACAUUUUCCUUAAGUUCGACCAUUGUUUAUUAAGGAUGCCAAAAAUCAUAGAAAUCGGUUAAACAUUUCCUGCCGAAAAAGGCGAUUCAAAAACAUAACCAACACGCAUAUAAAUAGAUUCGGUUGCCCGUUCCUAUAUAUAUACGUGUUGGUUACGUUUUUGAUUCGCGUUUUUCAGAAUGAAAGAUUCAACCGAUUUCUACGAUUUUUUGCAAUUCUUAAUAAAUAAUAAUGGAACUUUAAGAAAACUUUAUUUAUUUUCUUAUAGGUAUAAAAACGUUUGACAUAUCGGCAUAUAUUUGAAACAUCAUUUUUACGAAAAAUGAAAAUAACUUCGAAAUCCCACGACAGAUUUUUCCCUAACUUCAGCAAAUAAGCCUCAGAGGUCUCUAGUUUGAUGUCUGCAAGUUUGAAGGCAAUCUUGACCGUAGAAAUCGCUCCACAAAAUGUUGGUCAAAUUUAAUGCUAAAAUGAUAGGCUAACACAUUUGGUUGUCCCUAAAUAAAAUUAAACGGAAAAUUAAACGCCUAUUUAAUUUGAGCUGGGUACUUCUACCGGCUAAUAAAAUCAUUUUCUCAAGUGUUGUUAACGUAUAAAAUUCGACACUCGCUGAGCUUGUCGAUAAAAGCAGAAAAGAACUGAUUGUCAAAACCGUGAUAAAAAGAGUUUAAAUUAUUUCCGGUUUUCCUGAGGUUUGUAGAAAAUUAGGCUGUGCCUUUUUUUAUAGGUGUUUUGUAACUGUGUACAUGUAAGUUUUCGUAUAGUUUUUAUGUAGUUAGGCUUCCCGUUUGGUGCAUAAAAUUAUCGGGCGCUGGAGUCAUUCUUCGCUCUCACAAGUUUUAUAAUCAGUUACUCUGUCUUUUGCCUCUACCGGUUUUGUACCAUCUAACUGUUUUCUCCGAGAGCAAGUACUCUUCAUCCUUUACUUCAAAACAUGGGCAAUCUGUAUAGUCGAAGAGGGCACAAGUCAAUCAAUCUUUCUGUAUUAAACAGCAACAAAGUUGCUUUUGUCAUGCAUGAGAGCCAGAAGGUGGCAUCUAAAUUAUGUAUGAUCAGAAGCUUUAUUUGUCAUUUCUGAAGUGUAUUUAUUACUUCUUUGUGAGUGGGACAAAUUAACUGUGUUUGUGGGUCAGUGCUUGUGUUAGCUACAGAGUCAUGUGUUUAAGUUGGUUAGUGUUCUUCUCUGAAACGGUCUAUCUGAAUCACAUUGUUUUUCCAACGUAAGAUGGGCUUGAUUAGCACUAUUAUUGUAUUCGGUGUUUUAGAGAUCCAAAGCAACAAUGUACCUGUAGAUAAUAAACCUUACCAAGAUAUAUUCUAAAUCAAAUUAAUAAAACAUAUACCUGUACUUUCUUGGGUAAUGAAUUUUGUUUUCAAAUGUCACAUUUUUUCAAUCCUUCAUCCACUCACCUCAGACUAAACAAAAACUCCAUAAGCCUCUGAUGUUACGGUUUUUUUUUUUUUUUUUACAUAUAAGCAGCUUCUUUUUUUUCUUUGGGAACAGCGUUAAUGUUUAUUUCAGAGGCGAUUUACAGUAUUCCCUAUCCAUAUCAUUAACACUACACAGAAACUUAAACUUUGUUUCAUCCUAAAAAAAAGUCAGUAUUUCAAAGAUAAUAUAUUUCUAAGUUUUAUUAAGCCUUGGGGAAGACAAGUGUUUCCUCGUAAAAAGGAUAAGAGAAGGUUCUACUAUUAACCAGGAGAGUUUGCUUCCCAGUUGUAUUCUACUAGUUAACAAUUAUCGGUUUAACAUAACAUUUUUAAAAGCGUUGCAGUUCGCUUUUUCAAAGACCUGACUGAAAAUGUACCUUGGGUCAUUGUACAUUUAUACCUGAAAAUAACAAAACAACUUGCUUCACUAUCAAACUUGACUUGAAAAAGUUAGAAACGGUGUUUGGUGGUCCGCAAGCAAAUUUCCUUUCUCUGCUGUGAGCUUUUGUCCGCUCAGCGGGGAAAUGUAAAACGUUUUUACAUUUCUCAAAUACGGCUUCUUCUCACUGGUUGUCCGUAAAUAAAAUUGAAGGGAAAAUUAAACGCUUAUUUAAUUUGAGCUGGUUACUUCUACCGGCUAAUAAGACCAUUUUCUCAAGUGUUGUUAACUUAUACAAUUCGACACUCGCUCAGUUUGUCGAUAAAAGCAGAAAAGAGCUGAUUGUCAAAACCGUGAUAAAAAGAGUUAAAAUUAUUUCCGGUUUUCUUGUGGUUUGUAGAAAAUUAGGCUGUGCCUUUUUAUAGGUGUUUUGUAGUUGUAUACAUGUAAGUUUUCGUAUAGUUUUUAUGUAGUUUGGCUUCCCGUUUGGUGCAUAAAAUUAUCGGGCGCUGGAGUCAUUCUUCGCUCUCACAAGUUUUAUAAUCAGUUACUCUGUCUUUUGCCUCUACCGGUUUUGUACCAUCUAACUGUUUUCUCCGAGAGCAAGUCCUCUUCAUCCUUUACUUCAAAACAUGGGCAAUUUGUAUAGUCGAAGGCAGAGAUAUGAAAUAUCCGAUGAAAAGUAAGACGCGCAAAACAUCGGAUGUAAGAGGUUGAAUGGCUCUCGAUAAUGUGACGUCACAUUUUUCCACCAUGUUGGAACCAGUCUUUCUAUUAUCCAUGCGUCAAUUUUACAAGACCCGUAGCUAGCGGGGAGGCCAAGGGGGCAGCUGCCCCCUGGACCUGUUGAGCCAGACUCAUCAAGUCUGUGGAUGGAGUUGUUUUCUUUAGACUCAGUUAUUUUGAUUAUAGUGACUUGCAAUUGUUUGCCAUUUUCAGGUUCGAGGUCGAUUUUUCGGAGACAUAUCCCAUGACAAGUGCUAAAAAUACCGUUUCGGAGCCUCCAAACUUGAAACUUUUCUGGGGGAGGACACCCCGAGACCCCAAUACAAGGCGCGUGCCCUCGGCGCUCGAGCUUAUGCGCCCCGUUACAAAAAAUUUAGUUUCGGCCCUGUUUACGCGUCAGCGGAAACCCGCCUUAUAGAGGUUUGCUUGGUUGCAUUGACCGUGAGGUCAGUCUGCGAACGAGAAAAGGAGAAAAGAAAGUGGGGGACUAUACAUGCUACUCUCUCCCCAUUAAAACAGGAGAGUGAUACUUGCGGAGGAGAUCUCACAGUACCAGACGAAUUUUCCACCCCCUGAAAAAUUUGACCGGACAAUUUGUUCAUAAGGGACUUUAAACUUCUAGACGUCUGAUUUCUUUGUACGGUUAAGGUAGUUCCGUGUGAACAGAAAACCUUAACGCAUAAACUUCAACCGGUUGAAAAAUUGUCUUGCGCAGUGCCUUGUGAACAUAAUUCUACAAUUAUUUUGGGACUUUAGUUAUGAGGUUAUACUUAACUCCAAAAAAUAUAGGGCUAAUUAGUAGACUAUUGCAGCUGCAACUGUCAGAACUAUUUAGAACAUUAACCCAAGCGUCACGUUCACUCUUGCUCUUAAAAGGGUGAGAAAUUAAGGAAAGGGAACCAUUUACCGGGAGUACAUACAAAACUUGAUUUGAACCGUUUUCACUGAAAGUUUAUCCUUAUUAAUUAUGACUCAAAACGUUUACGUUGAGCAAAGAAACCCUUGACGUCAGUCUAGGGAAUAAAUCCGUCGUAAACUUGAGCAAAAAAAUUUCAGCUUCCUUCAAGGCAACCAACCAGCUCAGUAUUUGUUGGAAAGGUAAGCGCUAUGUUAGAGGUUGUUGUGAGAAAAAACAACGUUAAGCCCGGCUUUAAAACAAUUCCUCUCCUCGCUAAUCGCGAAGUCAUCUUGCCAAUAGUCACCACCGCACAGUUAAGCCUCACUGAAUUUUGUCUUCCUUUUAAAGAGAAGCUUCAGCCGAGUGCAGCGCAUGGUAUGCUGUAUCCCUUACUAUAACUGUUGCUGUGGUCGCAGUGAACCUCCUAUCAAUUAUUCUUUUUAUAAAGAACAGUAAUCUUUGCACUCGUGCCAUGUACUUGGUUAUAAACUUGACCGUGGUUGAUAUGUUUGUUGAAGGAGUAGCCACUUUCGCUAUAGUAUUUCAUUUUCUCCUCUACGGUUGUGAAGUUGGAAAUAAAUUCAUAUUCCACUCUAAACAGUUUCUUGCUGCGCAGGAAUGGCAACCUUUUCUUGUGCUUCUCAUGAUCGACAUCUGGCUUUCUCUCACCUCUGUGGCAGGCAUUGCAGUAAUUUCUUUAGAUCGGAUGCAUGCGACGUUUCGUCCAUUCAGGCAUCGCAACAUCAAAAAAUGGGCCUACGGGGUAGCAAUAGGUGGCGUCUGGAUUUUAACUGCAAUGUUAAUUCCCUUUCCGUUAACACGUCUGGAUGGAAACUUGCACUCGUACUUAUGGCUGUCAUAUCGUUGCCUUUGCCUUUUUGUUAUCUUUAUUUCUUACACCUCCAUUGCUUUAAAAUUUUGGUGUGGAACCCCGUCCUCCGUCCCAUGGUGCGGCCAAUAGACAAAGAAAACUGACUGUGACAUUAUCCAUAAUGACCAUUAUAUCUUUGCUGCUGUGCUUACCAUAUGUUGUAUGUAAUUUUGUUCCUUUUUUUGUUCUAGAUACUAGGUUUUCUUUCCUGACAUAUGUACGCUUGAGAUCAUCUUUUACUCUUCUACGCCACACAAACUCGCUUGUUAAUCCCAUUAUUUACAUAAUCAGGAUUCCAGAGUUCAGAAAAGCUCUUCUGAUAUUAUUUAAACGUCGACAAAGACAAAAUGUUGCUAUUCCUCUUCAUGCCCGUUAG